AAGUUUCAUGAAAGAAGAGCCUUUUUUUGGUCAAUUUGACCUCUGAUGUAUCUGAAGUUCCUAGAAUGGAGCCCAGCACAUAAGGCAUUCAAGAAAUAUUUGUUGAAUGAAUGACUACAUUGAUUGGAGACAUGGAGGAACACCUUAAUAAUGGUCUGUUGCUCUUUGAAGGCAAAGCUGAGUUCAAGUUUGGCCUAAGAGGCUGGAACCAAUUUGGAAAGGAUGACGAGUGAGACUAAAAACAAGAAAAAAUCAUGGAGGCAGAUAUAAUUGCAGAUCUUCGAUGCAAACUCAAAGAGGUUGAAGAAGAGCGACUAAAAGCUGCACAGUAUGGUUUACAACUAGUGGAGAGCCAGAAUGAAUUGCAGAAUCAAUUGGAUACAUGUCGUAAUGAAAUGAUGACCAUGACUGAGAAUUAUGAGCAAGAAAAAUAUACUCUUCAGAGAGAAGUUGAGCUCAAGAGUCGAAUGCUAGAAAGUUUGAGCUCAGAAUGUGAAGCUAUUAAACAACAACAAAAAAUACACCUGGAGAAAUUAGAAGAACAACUGAGCAGAAGCCAUGGACAGGAAGUGAAUGAACUAAAAAAUAAGUUAGAAAAACUGAAAGCAGAAUUAGAUGAAGCUAGGCUUAGUGAAAAGCAGUUGAAGCACAAAGUUGAUCAUCAGAAGGAACUCCUCGCUUGUAAAUCAGAGGAAAUGCGGAUAAUGUCUGAACGUGUGCACGAAAGCAUGUCUUCAGACAUGCUGGCUCUUCAAGUUGAGCUGACUGAAACGGAAAGUAUGAAGACCGCCCUCAAAGAAGAAGUGAAUGAACUACAGUACAGACAAGAACAACUAGAACUUCUUAGUGCUAAUUUAAUGCGCCAGGUAGAGCGGCUUAAAGAAGAAAAAGAAGAGCGAGAAAAAGAAGCGGUUUCUUACUAUAAUGCCUUAGAGAAAGCUCGUGUAGCAAAUCAAGAUCUUCAGGUGCAAUUAGACCAGGCGCUCCAGCAAGCCUUGGACCCCAAUAGUAAAGGCAACUCUUUGUUUGCAGAGGUGGAAGAUCGAAGGGCAGCAAUGGAACGUCAGCUUAUCAGUAUGAAAGUCAAGUAUCAGUCACUAAAGAAGCAAAAUGUGUUUAAUAGAGAACAGAUGCAAAGAAUGAAGUUACAAAUUGCCACAUUGCUACAAAUGAAAGGGUCUCAAACUGAAUUUGAGCAGCAGGAACGGUUGCUUGCCAUGUUGGAGCAGAAGAAUGGUGAAAUUAAGCAUCUUUUAGGUGAAAUUAGAAAUCUGGAGAAAUUUAAGAGUUUAUAUGAAAGUAUGGAAUCUAAGUCUUCAGCCAACUCUGGUGCUCUGGAAGAUAACACCUAUUAUACAGAUUUACUUCAGAUAAAGCUUGACAACUUAAACAAAGAAAAUGAAAACACUAAAGGUGAACUGUCCAUCCAGCGAAUGAAAGCAUUAUUUGAGAGCCAGCGGGCCCUGGAUAUUGAGCGAAAACUUUUUGCAAAUGAAAGAUGCCUCCAACUUUCCCAAAGUGAAAAUAUGAAACUAAGAGCUAAACUAGAUGAGUUAAAACUGAAAUAUGAACCUGAAGAGAAAAUUGAAGUGCCUGUACUCAAAAAGAGACGUGAGGUACUGCCUGUGGAUUUAACCACCCCUAACGAUGUAUAUGCCAACAGUGCUGUUGGGGAAGAAGUUUAUAGAUUAGCACCUCAGAAAGAGGAGGCACAGCCCUGUCCAAAUAAUUUAGAAGAUAACAACUUGCAGUUAGAAAAGACGGCUUCUGAAAACGCACCAGGAGACAUUCUUUCUCCUCACAAAAAUCUGCCCAUGGAUAUUCUGCCAACAAAGGAAAAGAAAUGUGUGAAACUUAUAGGAGUUCCAGCUGACUCUGAAGCCUUAAGUGAGAGAAGUGGAAACACCCCUAACUCUCCCAGGUCAGUGUCCUCUUUUCUUCAAGGCAACCAGCAGACCUGUCCAUCUCUUCUCUAUCGCUGCAUGAACUGUGCUAUCUGUUUCUUUAUCUAUUUUAUUAGUAUUGCAUGCAGUAUACUUCCCCAAUUUCAUCUGCCUACCUUCAACUUUUCUAAAACUUUAAGAAAGACUAAAAUGAUUGCAAGGGGAAAGGACUCUUGAAUAAGGGAAUUAUUUUAAAAAGUUACACUUUCUGUUUCAUGAAACAGAAAUAUCACAGUCUAGUACAUCUCUGAAUGUUUUGAUUUGAAUAAAUGUACUGUUUUUUUUUUUUCCUGGUUCAAGAAUGGCCAUGAAAGAAAAAUUAACUUGCCUCCUAAAAGGUCUUUCCAAUAGUCUAAGAAAUUUCAACCUUCUAGAAAACUGUUAGAUGAAAUUUUUUAUGGCUUUUAAAAUUGUUUAUCCUAAGCCUUCAAGAAUGGGCUUUGAUACCUAUUUUGACAUUUUAAAAUAUCAAAGGUAAUUUAUUUUCAUUUUACACCAAAACUUUAAAGCCUCU